CCCCUCUUUAUCCAUAUAAAGCAAACCCGCCAAGCCCCAGAGCCGCAGAGAGAGGAGGGUGGGAUUUUAUUGCCCCCAUUUCAUCACCAGUCCCAGAGUGCUGCUCGCCGUCCUCUUCCUCCAUCGUGAAGAUGAGGAAUCUCCUGCUUGCCCUGCUGCUGGCUUAUGGGCUGCCUCCGGCGCGUGGCAGCUUGCUGGAGCUGGAGCGCAUGAUCAGAGUGACCACAGGGAAGAGUGCCCUGCUCUCCUAUAGCUGGUAUGGGUGCUUCUGCGGCAUCGGGGGCAGAGGGACCCCAGUGGACCCCACUGACACCUGCUGCCAUGCCCACGACUGCUGCUACAGGCAGCUGCGAGAGAGCAGCUGCAGCCCCCUGAUAACCCCGUACCAAUUCGAUGUCACCGAUGGAGACAUCACCUGCGGUGAUGAGCAAAGCUGGUGCAAGAGAGAGACCUGCCUGUGUGACAGGGCCAUGGCUUCGUGCUUUGCCAGAGCUCUGCCUUCCUACAACGUGUCCUACCGCUUCUACUUCAAGCUGAGGUGCAGAGGGAGCAAGCUGCAGUGCUGAAAUCUGCAUGUCUGCCUGUUUUGAGUGCCUUUCCUCGUUGCUGUGGGAAGGACAGGGUGAUGUGAGUGCUGAGAGGGGCUGCAGCCCUCCUCCCAGUGAGGUGAUGCGCAGGGUGAGCAGGGCACAUGCGAUAGCUGGAGAUCCCCAGCUCCCCAGAAGAGUUGUUGUCCCCUUAUUCUUCUCUUUUCUCUACUGAUUUUGUUUUCCAGCAAAAAGGAAUUGAAUAA